CAAGCGACAUUCACUAAUCGCAGGAGGAAAUUUGUAUGCAGUUGCCUUAAUUUUAGAAAGGUUUCCUGCCACGUUGCUGCUAGUUUUCAGACACGUUUUCCUUCGUUAAGUUUUAGGGGAAGUUUAAACGCGCGUCAUGGCCUCGACGGUAGACAUGAUAGAGAGCAGCAAGGAAUCCAACGGUGAGGCUCACCUCGACGAGCCCAUGCCCAACGGGCUGGACAGCCCCAAGAAGAGCACCCCGGAGACGUUGUCUCAGCGCGUGCUGAGGAUCGUCAAGGCCAACCUGCUGGUGAUUCUCACCGUGGCCGGGGUUAUCGUUGGUGUUUUUAUUGGACUUGGUGUGCGUAAUGUAACACUAACGAGAACCCAGGUGAUUUACAUCGGCUUCCCAGGUGAGAUUCUCAUCCGGUUGCUGAAGAUGAUCAUCAUUCCUCUGGUGGUCUGCAGCCUGGUGUCCGGAGCGGCCAGCAUCGACCCCAAAGCCCUGGGCAAACUCGGCGGCUUGGCUAUGCUCUUUUUCCUGAUCACCACCUUGAUUGCGUCCUCGAUUGGGGUCGUGAUGGCUUUCAUCAUAUCGCCGGGGUCUGUGUCCGUCAGCAAGCCGGCCUACUUGGAAGAAGACGUGCCUGCGCAUAAAGAAAUUAUAGACUCCUUCUUAGAUUUGAUAAGAAACAUCUUUCCCUCCAACCUUGUGUCUGCUGCUUUUCAGUCUUAUACGACCUCCUAUAAGCUGAUGAAAAAGAAUGGCACAAAAGGAAUCGCCAAUAUCACGGUGGAGAAUGUGCCUUUUGGAACAGACCAGGAUGGCAUGAAUAUUCUUGGUCUCGUAGUGUUUGCCAUCGUGUUUGGGGUGGCUUUGCGGAAGCUGGGAGAGGAAGGAGAGAUCCUGAUCAAGUUCUUUAACGCCUUCAACGAGGCCACCAUGGUGCUGGUGUCCUGGAUCAUGUGGUAUGCCCCAAUCGGUAUCAUGUUCCUUGUAGCUGGGAAGAUUGUGGAAAUGGAAGAUGUUGCAAGCCUGUUUGCCAGUUUGGGAAAAUAUAUAGCCUGCUGCCUCAUUGGACAUGCUAUCCAUGGAGCACUUGUGUUGCCAGGCAUCUACUUCAUCAUUACAAGGAAGAACCCUUACACCUUCCUCUGGGGGAUAUUCACGGCUCUAGCCACAGCCUUUGGAACAAGCUCCAGCUCUGCCACGCUACCUCUCAUGAUGAAGUGCGUGGAGGAAAAGAACGGCGUAUCCAAGCACAUCAGCCGCUUCAUCCUGCCCAUUGGAGCGACGGUCAACAUGGACGGUGCGGCUCUCUUUCAGUGCGUGGCCGCAGUUUUCAUUGCACAGCUGAACCACGUUUCCCUUAACUUCAUCCAAGUCAUUACCAUCCUUGUUACAGCUACAGCAUCCAGCGUUGGAGCAGCGGGAAUUCCUGCAGGCGGUGUUCUGACUUUAGCUAUUAUCCUGGAGGCAAUAGGACUCCCCACCAGCGACAUCUCUCUUAUCCUGGCUGUUGACUGGCUUGUCGAUCGUACCUGCACGGUGCUCAAUGUGGAGGGUGACGCUUUCGGCGCGGGGAUCUUGCAGUUCUUUGUGGACAGAGAUGCCAAACGAAACGGAGCAGAGCUGAGCGAGGUCCGGCUGGAGGCCGCCCCCGAGAGCUCGCCGCUCAUUAGUAAACGAAGCGAUGCUCAGAAAUCAGGGUCUGGUGAAAAAGAGUCAAGUAUGUAAUGUGACUGAUGACAUUUUCAAGGACUCCUGGCUCAGUUCUGAUACUUGUUUGAUAUUGUGGGGGGAGAAAAAGAAAACUGAGCAUCAAGCCCCUCAUUUCCGUUGUCUGCUCUGAAGAAAAGAGUAUAGAGAGAGACUAGACAAUGUCUCUGACUUCAACACUUUUCUGGAGGGGUAGCUGAAAACACACAUGGGGCGCAUUUAGCGACCUUUUCAAGAUUUUUUUUUUUAAUUUUUCAUUGUGGGUGAGAUUGUAUUGUACACUAGACUGGCUGCUUUAACUCCAGUCUGAUGUUGCACUCGUGUGUGUGUGUGUGUGUGUGUGUGUGUGUGUGUGUGUUACUAGAGAGUAAAAAAUCUGAUUGGUGAGUAAGUUUGUCAUGUGACCAGUGCAUCCACCCACAAAAGCUGGACCAAUGAACUUCAACACGUAAUAGGCGGAGCUUAAGUUACAUGAAUGCACUGGUCUGUCACUAACGUUUUGCCCCAUUUCAUUUGUAUUAUUGAACCUGCGUCUUAGUAAAUUACCGGCAAACACUCCACGGGACAACGGAGAAAGCCUCUGACUUUAUAAGUAGAGGACCUCCAUACUGUUCACUGCACCCACUGUGUAAUUAUUGGAAGUUGUCAACUUUAAACAUGUUUUGGCUACUUUCAUGCAGAAUUCAUCCAGUGAUGUUUUAAACUGCAAGUACUUCGUAUUUGAGUUUAAGUGCAUUCUUUAUACUCUGCAUGGAAGUAGCAGGGUUUUUUUUUUUUAUUUUUAUAUAUAUAUAUAUAUAUAUAUAUAUAUAUAUAUAUAUAUAUAUAUAUACCUGCAAUAUGUAAUAAAAUGGGCGCAUGUGGAGAAAAAUGCUGCGAUCACCAACACAUCCUCAGGUUUUGACUUUGGCUACAAGACUUUCCUCUGCGUGCGCCUUAAAAUACUCCAGGACCAAAAGUUAAAUACUCUGCAACAGAAUUCUAGUCACACUCUUUGGUCUGCUUUGCUCUUGUGCAGGUACAAGUGGUUUAACACACACUAUGCAACAGUGACUGUUUGAUGUUAUAUGUCAUAUAUGAGCAACUAACUUCCUUACACUACAAGGAUGUCUCUAUUUUAUGAGAAUGAGAGGUGUACACACCUAAAUAACUUUGGUAAAGGGAGAAUCUCAUAAUCUGUCUUGGCUAUCAUGGGUGUAAAUGUGGAGUAAUAGCUGGGUGGCCUCCACCCAACCAAGAAUUUCUGGUAGGCAUUUGUAAAUUUAUUUCUUUAAGCUCCAAAGACAUUUGUAGUAUUUAAUUUUGUAAAUGCUAGUAAUUCCAAACUUUAUUUUUCCAGAUUCAACUUUUGGCAAGUUGUUGGAUUUGGAUAUUUUUAUUUAUCAGUCUCUUCUAUUUGGUGUGAGCUACAGUUUUAAAUAUAUUUUAUGAGCUGCUUCUUUAAAAAAAAAGUUUAUAUCAGUGGGGUAGACUUUAAGGCUCUGGAGAGAAGUUGUUAGAUCAUCGAUACUAAAGAGAUACUGUCUGGGGUUGGGGUAUGGUGAUGUAUCCAAGAGAGCAAUGCAAGUCCGGCUGGCCGGGAACUGAACCUCUUCCCUAAUAAACGCUUGGCUAUUGAAGUACCCAGACACUUUUUAAAUGGAUGAAAGUAAUAUAGCACAAUAGUAUAUCUUUUGCAUCCAUAUCAAUUGUUAAUUAACAUCUUAUAUAGACAUGAGUUGGGCAAAUACUGUUAAAUCCAAAACCAGAUAUUUUUUAAGCCUGCUUUCUUAGCCUUCUCAUUACAUUAGCUUUACAGAAUUUCACAUGACAAUCAUUUAACUGCAACCUUGAGGUCUUAGCAUUUCUUAUGUCAUAAGAAAAUUCUUUAUUUUUUUUUCUGUUCCUUUUGUGGUGCAAGAUUACUUCCUGAACUCUUCCAUUAUGUGGCUUGAUCAUGGUUUUGUUUGUUUAAAGUGGACUAUGGUUGUAAAAUAACUUAUUGUCUGAAUGUACUGUCAGCAACCUUUCAGCAAUAAAUGUUUUUUUUAUACAUAUAAA